CACUUGCCAACUCGCCAGACUAGCUUCACUGCGGUGAUCAAUCUAUGCAUAUUGCAUUCCUCUAUACGAGUCCUUUAUUUAUUUUGCGCCGCCUUUAGGUAGUCGCAUUUUCGCGACCCAAGUUAGGUUUGCACACUCUGGCGAACAAAGGAAAAACGGCUCUCACAGCUAUUUUUCAACGUAUUCAACCAUACAUACAUACCGGGUGGCUUCGUUCUGACACACUACAAGUCUCAGCCCUUACGGGCAUUAUGGGGCGCCCCGGCCUCCACCGCGGGAUGGCCCGGACCUCAUUCUUCAAUGAGGAGGUCUCAAGUAGAUGUCACUUUUCAAGGACCUGCCCGCUCGUCCGCCGCCUGUGCACUUCCAAUUCGCCGUCUUCCAGCUCCAUUUUCUCGCUGUCCUCACCUGCUAGUCGUCGGCAUACGCCUCAAAUUCGAGCAUGGAGUGGAGGUUCAGCCCAGCAAAUUCCGGGGAUAAUUACGUCAGGGACGGACCGCCGGCUGCUUGCAACCAAGAGCCCUCGAUUGCGUGUUGCUGUGGACGUGGACGAAGUGCUGGGGCGGUUCCUCUUCGCGCUCAACCAGUUCUGCAAGGACCGGUACGGAAUGGAGUACGGCGUCAGCGAUUACUGGAUCUACGAGUUUGCAAAGAUCUGGAACUGCUCACAAGAGCACUCGAACCACAUUGUGCACGAGUUCUUCAAGUCGCAGCACUUCACGGAGGGGAUACCCGUGAUACCAGGCGCGCUGGAGGCGCUCACUCGGCUGUCUGAGGCGCAGUACGAGCUGGUGGUGGUGACAAGCCGGCAGCACGUGAUCCAGGACGUGACUCUGGACUGGCUGGACCGACACUAUGGGGGGCUAUUCCAGGAAGUUUACUUUGGCAACCACUUUGCGCUGGAGGGCAAGAGCCGCAAAAAGUCGGACAUUUGCAAAACCAUUGGCGCCAAGGUGCUCAUUGACGACAACCCCUCGUACGCCCAGGAGUGCGCGGCGGCCGGCAUCAACGUCCUGUUGUACGACUGGGAUGGGGCUUACCCCUGGAGCAAGCUGCCGGCUUCGGGGGUCGUAAACAAGGAGCUCAUCCGGGUAGUGCGGGACUGGGGCGAGGUGGAGCAGGAGCUAGCGCUGCUGGCUCCUCAGCUGCAGCAGGGCGAGGAGGAGCAGCAGGACGGAAGCUAGGCGGCUGCAGAGAGCCAGGCGCGACCUGGGCUUUUAGCAGGCAGCCAGACAGGAACGGCUUAUCAUGUUUGUUACCGACCGAGACGGGAGCUGCCGCAACAACGCAGAAAAGACACAGCGCAGGCAAACAAUGACUCGGACAGGCAGUUAGGACUCGAGAACCGGUUAGGUGCAUGACGACUGAUGCGAUGAUGUGUGGGUGCCUCGGUGACUGCAAUAGCGAUGCUAGAGGGUAACACGAUGCGGUGCAGCUGCAUGGAGUGCGCUGGCCUCUCGCGUGUCCUGCCUCGACACCACGACACCAACCCCAUCUGUACGGCACCUCUCGUGUCGUACGUAUGUACCGGGGUGUACGGCAUGCGGCGUGCCGUUAAUUCCGUGGUGGCCUGCGCUGUUACCCGUGAAGGGCUUGCUUGCACAUGACAUGCUCGAGGGCCUUACGAGCACCUAGGAGGGCUAGUGCGGGGGUGUUCCUGGUCGCAGGGAUUGUGGGUAUAGUCUCAGCGUGCGUGCGCGCUUCCAACCAGUCGCGGUGCUGGGUGUGCGGAGGUGGUAGUGCUGCAGCUGCAGCUGUGACGAUGACUCUUCCUCGACGUGUUGCGCCGUGCUGCGCGGCGGGGCGGCUCCAGAUGUAUAGUCUAUAGCACUCGCACGUUUCAUGCAUUCAUGUUGACACGUUGCUAGGAUGGAACUGGCGGGCGUAGGGGGGUGUGGGAUGACGGUUGUGUUGUGUUACUGCUGCAGCAGACAGGCAACGGGUAGAAUUGCUGGGUGGGGUAGGAACCUGCUAGCAGAAGGCUGGAGUAAGCCGGAGCCCGAGAAAAGGCCGACAGCCGUUGGCAUGUAGCAUCGUAGUUGUGGGAAGUUUAGGACAGAUGUCCGUUUCUCCCUCUCAAACAUGUGCGAGGAACCGGAGCCCAUGGGGCACAUGCUCUUGUUCAGGCGAGGCGUAAGGUGCCUUGUUUGAGGGUGCUGGCUCUGUAGACCGAUGAACAACAAUGAGACGGGGGCAUGGAGAGUGCGCGAAAUGGCCUGCCGGGUUUGCUAGCGCAAUGUAAAAACGACGAGCGAAUGCGAAGGUAGGCCAUGAGCGAGCGGGCGGCUCGGGUGGCACGAUGCGGCAACCGACCAACGGUGCAUGGCGUUCUGUGUGCGUGGGAGUAGGUAAGGUUUUAGUUGACGGCACCGGUAGUGGCGAGAAUGAGCGACGAACGGUGAUAAUACGCGGCCACGAGGGUGUGGAAAGCACUCAGUCCUCUGCCGUACCGCUCUUGUGACUCUGCGACGACUGCAUGCUAGGGCGGUGACUUGUUUCGGUGUGUGGAUUCGGCUGUUGGUAUGGCCGAUGAAGUUGUAAGGCAAACAGCAUAAGCGCCCUACGGAGUCGUGUAAGCCCUGG